CGCAUGCGUGAAGUACGUUUCCGUUUAUCAAGUUGCUACUCGAAAAAUCAAAAUAAACUACAAAAUAAUCAGUUUAAUUAAAGAUUAAAGCGUAUGGAAGAAUAAGACAAUAAAGAUCUAAGAGUAGAAUGGGAACAUUGGUGGAUACAGAUAUUGACCAGUUUAUAAGAGGCCACAAAACGAAACUGCAGCAAGAAAGAUCACAGUUCAACCAGUACACAGACCAGUCUAGGUAUCCCGGGGGUCAGACUGUGAUCUCCCCCUCAGGUCGUAAACAGUGGGACAGAAAUAAUGCACAGGCCACGAGACCAGCGGAAGAGCGGAGGGCACCUGCCCAGCCUGAGGAGACUGGUUUAAUACCAAAAAAUGAAGAAUUAGAUAAGAAAAGGCAACAGUUACAGGCAGAGAGACAACAGGAGUACAAUGAUAUUCUUGCACAGAAGGGCCCAAGAGGUAGGCGACGGCCCCGAACUCCUUCACAGGAGGGGUUGCCUCUAGGUUCGUAUGAAAAGCAGCGUAAAGCUUACGAGGCUGAGAGACAGGCAGAAAUGAAACGAGCAAUGGCAUCUAAGAGGGCAGGAAAACCAGCAAAAGCCAAUGUUUUUGACUACCAUGAGGCUGAAAAGGCUCAUAUGGCUGAAAAAAGAAAAGAAUAUAAUGAGUUUUUGGAUAAGAAAAAGCAGCAGUCAAAGAGGCAUAUAGUUACCCCUGAAGAGGGCAUGUUUGUUGGACCUGACCAGAAAGAUAGGGACCAAGAAAUUAGAGAGAGAAAUCGUAAAAACCGACUCGCUCUUGAAGAGCAACAACGUGAACAGCUUUUAUUUAAAGCAAGGCAGCAUGGAGAAAUUCCUCAGCACAUUCCGCGUAAAGUACCGCAACCUAGUUACAGACAAGAGGCAGCUGUAACUCAUAAACCGCCACAGCCACCUGCAGCUGGUCAAAGGUCAAACCAGGUUCAGAGUCAUGUGAUAGAGGAAAGGGUCAUGGAUAUGCCAAAGAUCAGCCCCAGGAGAAAUGAGCCAGUACAGCCACAACCUAAAAUUGCUUUUAUACCUGAGCAAGAACAGGGACCAAGGAGACUCCCUAUAUAUUUGGAAGACAGAGAUGAAGGCCAAGAUAGAGGUCAUGGGAGAAGGGGUCAAGGUCAUCCUGAUUAUGAUAGGGAUGAAAGAGUGGAUGGAGAACAUAAUAGACAGAGGGAUGAAAGAGAUAAUAGGUAUGACCAAAGGGAGAGUCUGGGUAGAGGUCAUGACAGAGAGAGGGGUCAGGGUCAGCCUGAAAAUAGAAGAGAACCGCAUAGAGAUGACAGUCAGGAACGUCAUCGUCUGUUAGAAGUCAGAAGGUCAAGGUCACUGUCUCCACCAGCUGAACGACAGAGAUUUGAUUCUCCAGAAAAUAUACUGGAAGAACAAAAGAGAAUGAUAGAAGUGUUAAAAAAGCGACAGCAGAUAUUACAGGACGAGUACCGUAGGGAACAAGCAGAAGAGCAGCGAUUGGCUACUGAGAGGGAAGGGCUUCCUAUAGGGGCCAGCGACCGGCAGAAACUGGACGAUGAAAGAAAGAAAGAGUACAAUGAAUAUCUGGCAAAGAAUGCCCCACAGAGGAGUUUCCGUGUAAAGGAACCAACACCAGAGAAUUUACGGCAGGGCUUGCCCUUGGAUCAAGGAAGAUAUAACGAGAAAAAACGGCAGCUUGAAAUUGAAAGACAACGAGAAUAUAAUGAAUUAAUUCAGAAGCAACAACCCCAACAACAGCAUCAUCAUCAGCAACAUUAUCCAGAGGAGCCCAGAGGCCAACACCUGGCCCCAGCAGGAGGCCUCCUUUCCCCUGGUUCCCAGCAACAGACAUAUGAAAAUUAUGAGAAGCCACAGCAGGGAGGCAGUCGUCGUGCAGAUGUCCUAGAGGGCAAAGGUGCUACACUUCCAGUUGGUGAACUUGAUGACAGGAGGCGUCAACAGUUGAUGUCUGAAAGACAGCGCGAAUAUAAUGAACAACAACAACAGAAACUUGCGACUCAGAGGCAGCGAGGUUUGCCGCCAAAGCCAUCGACUCCGAACCAUUUCUUCAAGAAUAUAGGUCAACAUGACAGGCAGCAACAUGUGCUCAAUGAGGAAAGAAAGAAGGAAUAUAAUCAGAAACUAGCACAGGAGAGAGGGAGAACAGGCAGGAGAGGUAAUUAUGGUGCUGAACAAGCUGCUACGGGUCUACAGUUCAAAAAUCCAGAUUCUGCAGAGGUUAGUGUAGGCAAAGAUGUGUACGCCACACUGCCAGGCUUACAUUAUAGUGACUCAGCAGAAGCAAGGAAAUUGAAGACUAGAAAUGAAGAAUACAAUGAAUUCUUACAAGAAAAAAAAUGGAAAGAUGCACAUAGAUUUGAUAACAAAAAACCUGGAGAUGCACGUAGGCAUAGUGAGCCGUCAUCUCCUAGAAUCAGUCCCAGGGGUAAAGAAAAGGACUUUGCUACACUGCCAGGCUUACAUUACAGCGAUUCUGCUGAAAAAAGAAAAAUGCAGGAAAGAAAUAAAGAAUACAAUGAAAUGUUAAGACAGAAACAGGGAGGAGCGAGGAAAGGAUGGGCAACACCGACUUACGAAGAAAUCUUAGAACAGAAGAGACGAGAAGAGGCAUUGAGAAGGCAAGAUGACGACUAUGGGCCUGCAGAUGCAGGUAUUAGACGGUAUGCUAGUGAAGGUGCUAUAAACAGAUUACAGAAUGAUUUCCGUGAUAGAGAGCUUGAUAAAGAAUUUGAAUCAAGGAAAGUUCGCUUUGAUGACGAAUUCAGAAUCCAAAAUCAAGGUGGAAUUUUAAAUGAUGAUAAUUGGCUUAACCCAGAGGUUAGAAGAGAACAGGAAUACAGUCAACUGGAUACUAGUGUAGCUGAGUUAUCUUGUAGCAAGACUGAACAGCCAGUGAGGCAGGAAAUUCCCGACGAUAUGGCGGCCAGAGUCAGACAACAACCAUUUUUAGCGAGUUUGCCUGUCGGUGGUGCCCCAGGACUCGGUGCUGGUCAAGAUGAACGUGAAAGUGCUAAAAGGAGACGUCAGUCUGAGCUUCGACGGGAGCUGCAGCUGCAAAUGGAGGAAACAAAGGCAGCCAGAAAAAGGGAAAAAGUACAAGAGCUAAGAGUAAAUGCCUCAGGUCUACUUGAUCCAGAAAAAUCCUCCACGCGAAUGAAAGGCCUUGAAGGUCAGCCAGGAAUCAGUCCCCGUAGGGAGUACAGGGCGAAAGAGGUUCAGCCGUACCACACAAAAUUCCUCCUGGAUGAUAGUGGAGAGCAUGAUGCACUUGGUCGACGACCAGGCGAAUAUGACAUUGUCCGCACUGCACCUGCUUAUGCAGGUCAGCAAGGGCGUAUACAAGGUCUUGGCCUUGGAGAUCUUGGUGGCCUCGGGCUCGGAAGCCCAGACCAUGAUGUGUUAGGUCAGUCAGGGGCCCCAUUACGUACUGCUCCGCCCCUUAAGGGUAUACUGAGCAAUGGUGACAUAGGAAUCGGGCAGAGAAAAGCACCGGGCACUCCACAAAGUGUGUCAGAUUUUGGUGAUGAUCUUCAGCUAGAUUUGGGAGGAAGAGGCGGGCGAGAACGAGGUAGAAGGCGUGAGCGAGACACUGGAUUACUGGAUCCAGGAUUUGCGGGCCUGCUCGACUCACGAAGGCCUAUAGGUGCAGCCAACCCACCUCCCGGACUCAUGUACCAGCCAUCAUUUCCAAGUGCUGAUCAAGAUAAACGAUAUUCGGAAAUUCUUGAGGUUCCAUCGCUAAAUCCUUUGUCAGGCACCUAUGUGACUGGGGGCGGAGGACCAGAAGGAGUUAGUUCCAUUGAGGAGGCAUACCGUUACUAUGGCAUGACAGAUCCGCUCCAAUUGUAUAAUGGUGGUGGAGGUGGAGUUCCAAGCUUGAACCUGGGUGGAGAUUAUGGAGGGGGUGGGGCUCCAUAUCGUGGAUCACCAACACCUAGAGUCACAUUUGCUGAUGAUCCACCGCUAUCAACAAGACGUCGAGACAGGAGUAAGGAGCGCAUAUCACCCUACCAGUUUGCUAGUGAUGAUGAUAUUCGGUCAAAGUCGAGGUCAGAAGCCCAGAGUUACGGUGCUGAAUUGGAAAGACAGAUCCAAGAAAAGAGACUUCAAAAACAGAGAGAAAAAGAAAGGCAGGAAAGACUCGAUAGGAAGAUGGAUGAAGAGAUAGCUACCUAUAAUCCAUGGGGUAAAGGUGGAGGUGGUGCACCAAUCAGAGAUGAGCAUGGAAACCCUAUAGCUGAUUUGCGAUCAGUACAAAAAGGAGGUCCUGGUUCCUACCGGUCUCCAAGAGGUCAUAUCUCACCAACAUACUCGCCUAGACCCCCAGACCCCCGUGAUGACCUUAUAAAGGCUCCACCCCCACAACAGACUGCCUUUGGGGAGGCAACACAUGCUAGAGGUGGACAUGGUAUUUUUGGUCAGCCAAAGACGGAUGCUGAAAAGGAUCAGUCAGACAAAUACAAGGAUGACUUACGUGAACAGAUAGCAGAGAAGCGCCGUCGUGAGCAGUUGGAAAAAGAAAAAGAGAGAAUGGAAGAGGAAAAAGAAAACAGAAGAUUAGAAGAGCAAAGAAUUCGAAUGCAAACAGAGUAUGAGGAAGAACAGAAAAAGAUUCGAGCUCGGGAAGAAGAGACUCGCCGGAAAAAUGAAGAAUUAAAGAAACAAGCAGAGGAUAGAAAGAAGGAAGCAGACAGGAAGAAGAGAGAGGCAGAAGAUGCUAAGAUGAAAGACCAACAAGAACAGAUAGAAAGAGAGAGAAGGGAACGAGAACAGAGAGAAGCAGCAGCAAAUGACAGAAUCAAAUCUCCUCCUGUUCCAGCAAUAAAAACAAAGACCAAUGAUGAGAGAGGCAAGUCCCCACCACUCCCUGCGCAACGUAGGGGUCGAGAUUCAGCGGCCUCAAUUAGGUCUCAAACUUCACAGAGAGCACAGCAAUCUCCAGCACCAGGUCCCUCGGCAAACAGACCUAACAGUUCAGAUGUUCUGACACAGUUGGCUUCUAUGAGAAAGCAACUACAGAGUGAAAGAAGGAGGGUAGAAAAUGCGCUAGAAAACAGCAAGAAUGAGCCAGAUGUGUUUGACCCUCGGAUGGUACAGAGACCUCCACCGUUAUGUAAGGUAUAUUUAGUAUUAAUCAGCUGUAUGCAUAAUACUAACCAUGCACCCUUCUUGUUUAUGACAGAUCCCUACGACCCCACGCCGUCCAACAUGAGCUUCGGUCGUGGACGUGCUGGCAACAUCAGUGCUAGGUCACAAUUAGCAUCAAACAGUCAAUUCAUAGAUGUUGAAGGAGUCAACCACUUCCCAGAAGACUUUGAAGAUAUGGUGGGUGCACGAAAUGACUCUGCUCGUGCUAGACGCAGAGAAAGAUACAGUCCUAGGCCUUACAGUAACAAUGGUAUGGGUUCCCAGGCCAGUCUAGAUGUGGACAGGAUACAGAGGAAAAAUGAAGAAAGACUGAGAAAAUUGAAUAACAUGAGCUCAAGAGAUGAUGUAUCUAUGGGAGAUCCUGACGAUAUACUGGACAGGUUUAUGGCUAAACAGAGAUAUAAUAGACCACCAUCAGGCCAGACACUACAAGAUGAUUCCUGGUUGAGACCUGGUAGCAAAGCUGUAUGAGAAUCCAGCACAUGUUUCACAGCUUGCUUUAAUGUAGAGUAGUGCACUAUUCCAGUCCACGCAUAACAACAUUCCUUGAUGAGAUGAAUAUACAGUGCCAGUUGCCUUAAAAUAUCUUCCAGGAUUCUUUUUGAAAGGGACCAAAGUUAAUGAACCCGUGUUGUUCCAGAUUUGAUAUUUGAGAAGGGUGUAAUGUUCUUAAAAAAAUGUUUUGAAGAAAAAACUUGUUUUAAAAGUGAAUUCAUGAACAAAGUAACCUGAAGUUUAAUAAUGCCUUUUCAUUCAGUUAUAGUAUUUCGUAAUUGUUUCGGAGUUGAAGUGAAAAGGCACUUGACUAGGAAGUUAAAGAUUGUCUUUAUUUAUGAAAUGACAAUGUAGUUUUAUAAAACAUUUUGUUACUGGGGAAAUUUUAAGAAAGAGACAUUUGUUGCCACUGUCUGGUGGUUUGUUAGUGCUACCUUUCCUUCAUCAUUUAAAUCAGGUUUUAUUAAUAAAUUCAUAUGAGCCUUGCCAUGAGAAAACCAACAUAGUGGGUAUGCGACCAGUCUGGUCAGGAUCCAUGCUGUUCGCUUUUAAAGCCUAUUGGAAUUGGAGAAACUGUUAGCGAACAGCAUGGAGCCUGACCAGACUGAGCGGAUGCGCAGGCUGGUCUGGAUCCAUGCUGGUCGCAAACCCACUAUGUUGAUUUUCUCAUGGCUCGGCUCAUAUCAAGAGACACACUCUAUACUAUUAUGUUAAAAUUUUUACGACUGUAACAACACUACCAAAGUUGUAAUAUCUUUAAACAUGAUGAACUGAUUUGAUGGUAAGAAUUGCAGAUUGUUAAGUUAUUGAAAUAAAAUUAGUUUAAUUUGUUUAUGAUAAAAUCUCAAAAUAGCCAAAUUUGUUGAAAAUCAGUUUACUAAAAUCAUCAUGGUCUAAAGUUACAGUAUAAUGAUUCCGAGAGUGUAUUUUACUUGUACUUUCUAGUAAAUGAGCUAUGAAGUUUUACAUGUGAAAAAAUGGCUAUAUGUUCUUGCUAACUUAAAAAUUGUGAUAAUGUAUAUAGUUUAUUAACUUAUCAAGAGAUCUGUGAUGUUUUGUUCUGUUCCGUCCAUUCAGUUGGUUGUAUUUAUGUAAAUUAAAUAUAUGUUAUAAAUCACGUAUUUCUUUUAUUAGUUUCAUGUACACGUAUGCCAUUUAGACAUCAGGGAAAAUUUAGUUUAAAAAAAACUCAGUUUGGAUUAUUUUUUGUAGAUGUAAUUGUUGUGAGUAAUUCAUUUAUUUGCUGACACAGCUGUAAUGCAAUUAUUGUUCUUGAUAGUUCCUAAAUAACUUUCAUUGAUAGUAGUCUUUUAAGGUAGCAGACUGCAUUGGCAUUCUACAGUUUCCAUUGAUGGUUCCUAAAUUACAUUCAUCAAUAAUUGUCUUUUAAGGUAGAAAACAAUAAUGACACUCAGCAGUUUCUUUGUGUGUGCGUAUUCUUGUUCGGCAGUUAGCAUUCUUGGACGUGAAUAUAGCUCAACACGCAUUUGGUAAAAACAGAGGUUGAACUCUUGAUUGUUCACUUUAACAAAUGUCUACAAAAUAUCGGGACUUAUUAAUCAAUAUCAUUACACUUCAUAUUUCGUGAGUAUGAUACAUUGCUUUUUUUUCACAUUCAGUAAACUUUCCAUUUGAACAAACACAGUGUAUGUAUAAGCUUCUAUAUAAAUUACAGAUUACACUAGACUAGUAAGUGUUUAUGUAUGUUAUAAACACUGUCCUGAACUCUUUGAAUCACUUUUGAAUUAACAUUGUUAUUCAAUGAAACAAAUUUCUAAAUUUCCAAAAAAGAAAAAAAAAAUUACAAAAAUCUGGAGGCAUUUCCCUUCUUAAUCUAUAGUACCAGUUUGAACAGAGUCAUUUUUGAUCAACAGGUUUGCUUUUAAAACUUCAUAAGUGUUUGUUACAUCUUGUGUUCAUGUUGAAGAUCUGUUUUUUAUAUUUUGAGAGAAUUAUGGUAUAUCUGACUAAAAGGUCUUUAAAUUUUGUGUAUAAAAAUGUGAAUGCCGAUUUGUCUUGUCCAGUACUGUAUGUAAAUAUAUGGGUUGUAUGUAUAUAUUGACAGAUGUAAAUAGGGAAUAUGUAAAUGCAUUGUUAUGUUAUGAAUACAUGAACAUUUUUAUUACCUAAAUAUUGAAUAAAUUAUACUCAACAA